GCAACAAGUGGUGGAGGUGUGGAUGGCUCCGCUGCCAAAGGCGCCGGCGACACCCUCGAGUCCGGCAGCUACCACCGAGACAACAACCACAAGCAUAUGUUCUCCGGCGUGGCUAUCAAAAUAACAUUGAUGCUUGUGGUGUUAGGCACAACCCUUCUUCUUCUCAACCAAUCUAGCUAUCCUAUGAUGUUUUUUCGAAACCUUAAUUCGAAUGCUAAUUUGUUUUCGUUACAUCAAUACAUGUCACCUAUUCCGCCACCUACUUCUUUGGUCAAGUAUCCACAGGCAAAAGAUGAGAAUAUCGAAUUGGAGAAGACGUUGAGAAGUGCAGUGAUGAAGGACAACAGGACGGUGAUAAUCACGAACCUAAACGCGGCAUGGACGGAACCAAAUUCCGUCUUCGAUCUAUUUUUGGAGAGCUUCAAGAUCGGAAAUGGAACGGCGGACUUCUUGGAUCACUUAGUGGUCUACGCGUUCGACAAGACGGCAUACGAGCGUUGCAAGGCGACGGCGCACCUCCACUGCUACGCUGUUACGACGAAGGGCGUGAACUUCUCCGGCGAGGCAUAUUUCAUGAGCGAGGAUUAUCUGAAGAUGACGUGGCGAAAGAUUGAGCUUAUGCGCACUGUUCUUGAAUUAGGAUACGACUUCAUUUAUACGGAUGCAGAUGUAAUGUGGUUUAGAAAUCCAUUCAAAAAAUUCUACGGGGAUGGGGAUUUCGAGACGGCGUGCGACCACUACAGCGCCAACUACCGCGACGUGAGCAACACCGCGAACACAGGGUUCACGUAUGUGAAAUCCAACGACAGGACCAUCGAGUUAUACAAGUAUUGGUACAAUGCACGGGAGUAUUUCCCAGGAAAACACGACCAAGACGUGUUGAAUAUGAUAAAGGGAAACCCGUUUGUCCACCAAAUCGGGUUAGAGUUUCGUUUCUUGGAUACGGCCUACUUCGGGGGAUUCUGUGAACCCAACAAGGAUUUGGAUGAGGUGAUCACCAUGCAUGCCAAUUGCUGCAUAGGCAUUCAAAACAAGAUGCAUGAUCUUACCAUGAUCAUCCAUGAUUGGAAAGGGUAUAUGGAAUUGUUACCUUCAAAUAGAAAUUCCACUACUAGAUCUUGGACCGUUCCCAGAAUUUGUCACUAAACAAAAUUGUUUAAUUGCUUUAUACUUGAUGUAUUUGAGAGAAAAUAAGUGAGAAGUAUAUGUAAUCACUUGCAAGUUCAUAGCAUUAUACUCUUUCACACGAGAAUAAAUAGGAGUAAUUGAGUUCA